GCUGAAAUUUAUAAACAAAAAUUAAAAAUAUUUUAUAACCUAUCAUCCGAUGUCUAGCAAAAGAUCGUCUUACAUUCACAAUUCCUCAAAAAAUCUGUGUAGCCCAUAAUCCACCGAAAUGUAUUAAAUAAAAUUAAAUCACCGAUGUGGCAACGAUGGUCUUGAAAAAUUUGUCAACUUGGUGCAUUUGUGCUGUUUUCUGCUCCUCCCAAAGAUAUAUUUUUAUUUUGCAGCUGGAAAGUAGUGUUUCUUCAAAAUGGUGGAAUUUGUAUUUAACAAAGAGUUUUGAAUAAUAUUUUUACGAAAACUUGCGGCUUUAAAGUGCUACAAUUGUAAUCGUUUGCUUGCAAAACCAACGCAACUAUUCUAGCUAGAAGUUUAGGUGGCUUACAAAACCAGCAGUAUAUUUAUUAAAACCUCUCCUACUCGUCUAAAGGUCGUCAAAAUUGAUACCGUCGCAAUAAUAACGUCGAGCACCUGCAACGCCAAAGAUAGCGUUUGCAAAAGCUCCAGUGGCGUUAGUCUAGUGCCAAGCUGUAGUGGUGCUGCUGGAAAAGUGCAGUUAAUACCUGGACCAGGAUUAGUGGCGACAAGUAAAAUGUCGGGUGAUCAGAAAACCCUGCUAAAGGGACACUCAUCGCAGUAUGUUAAGUUGAAUGUGGGUGGCAGGUUGUACUACACCACGAUUGGUACACUGACCAAACACGAUACCAUGUUGAGUGCAAUGUUCAGCGGACGUAUGGAAGUGCUAACUGAUUCGGAAGGUUGGAUUUUAAUCGAUCGUUGUGGCAAUCACUUCGGCACCAUACUGAACUAUUUACGUGACGGUACGGUACCGCUACCAGAAUCUCAUAAAGAAAUAGCUGAAUUGCUUGCCGAGUCAAAAUAUUAUUGCAUCACCGAAUUGGCCAUGUCAUGCGAGCGUGCACUACUAGCACAUCAGGAACCCAAACCAAUUUGUCGUAUACCAUUAAUUACAUCGCAAAAGGAGGAGCAACUAUUGAUAAGUUCAUCGUCAAAGCCAGCUGUAAUUUUGGUAGUGCAGCGACAAAAUAAUAAAUAUUCAUACACCAGCACAUCAGAUGAUAAUCUGCUGAAAAAUAUCGAACUUUUUGACAAACUGUCUUUACGUUUCAAUGAGCGCAUACUAUUCAUCAAAGAUGUCAUUGGACCAAGUGAAAUAUGUUGCUGGUCAUUCUAUGGACAUGGUAAAAAAGUUGCUGAAGUAUGUUGCACGUCCAUUGUGUAUGCCACAGAUCGAAAACACACAAAAGUCGAAUUCCCCGAAGCGCGUAUAUAUGAGGAAACGCUGCAAGUACUUUUGUAUGAGAAUCGUAAUGCACCAGAUCAGGAAUUAUUGCAGGCAACAUCAUCGGUACGCGGUGCUGUGGCGGCGCCCGGCAUGCAGCAGUACACCAGUGAUGAGGAGGAGGAACGCACCAGCUUGGCACGUUUACGUUCGAACAAACGCAAUAACCCCACUUGAUUCAUGAAACAAUACGUUGGAUGACAACGCACCGCAUUUCCCUAACUUUGGCGGGAUGUUAGCGGAGGUAGUGUGUAAAUCGCCAAAGAAUGAUACUAUUAUGGGAAUUUGAAAACAUGCGUACGCGAUUAAAAUGCUAAAGACAAAUUUUGCUCGAAAAUUUACAAUAAAACUGUAUGUUCAGUGCACGAAAGACUAGACGCAUAAAAUUACGCUAAAGGUCUAUACUACAUAAAUUCUUAAACGUAUUUGCCAUGUUCGGGCACAUUAACAUACUUAUUUUUUUAUAUCACAAUUUUUUUCACCACAUAAAAUCAUAUGCAUAUAAAUAUGUUGAUGAUCUGUUGCUUAACAAUUGUACACGCUAUAGUAUUAAAUGCAUACACAAACAUUCUCAUUAUCAGUUUGCAAUUUACAAAUUGCUCUUUAGUUUCAUAUUUAUACAAUUGCGUUUGUUGCCAGUGCGGAACUGAUAAGUUUCACGGACGCGGUUUAUAUUUAAAAUUAAUUUUUUUAUACUUACACACAGGCAGAUUGUAAGAUCCAUACAUACAUAUAUAAUUUACAUACCAACAAAUAAAAAUUAUCGCAUUGAUGAAUCAAA